UGACAAGCUGUUUUGCUGCGCUGGAGGAUUUCAAUGCUCUCUCUCCCGCCACCCCACCUUGCAUGAGCUCCAGAGAGAGCUUUACUGCUUCGUACAAGUCCCUGGCAAUGCCUCUUCCACCACCACCUGGAAGGGAAGGCACAGCAAUGAAGAGGUUAAAGAGCUUCUUUGGAAUUUGGCUUUGAAAACUAUGCAAGGAGGGAGUCAAAGUGAAUUGGAGAGGAGGAACCUUGUGCAGCACACGUCUUGGCAGUAAAUACAGCUCUCUGAUAUCGGAUGCAACAAGGCAAUCACAAGGUGCCGGUAGCAAGUGGUGGUUUGUUGAAAGUGGCAUCAAGGUGGCACAGGCUCAGCCCAGAACUCAGCGUAUAUCUUCCAAGAGUGGCCUUCAGGGCAGUGAGGUGCCUGAAUGACCCCAGGCAGUAGUGGAUUCCUAGAUUGUGUGACACUGUGAGUGUGCUGCUGUUAUUCCACUGGAAUCUUUCCUAGUCAGCCAGGUAGGAGGCAAAGGGAGAUGCAGCUUGGGAAAUGACCGCCACAAAAGAGGAAAUCCACUGUCAGACAGCAGCUCGGAUUGUCACGGACUUGUGCCGCAAGAAAAGCCUACCUCAGUUGGACCCAGAUACCUGCAAGCAGUUCAUCUUCCCAGACCUGAGUAAUCCUGAGCCAGAGCUCUCCAUCAGCCUUCUUGCAGUGAUAGUUAUUGUAUGUGGACUGGCCCUGGUGGCAGUUUUUCUCUUUCUCUUUUGGAAGCUGUGCUGGGUGCCCUGGAGAAACAAGACCAUCUCGACAAACACCCCUGACACACAGCACACAACAGAACAGAACAAAGAGGCCAUGGCUGACAAGCUAAAGGAUACAGGGACUCUUGGCUUCUUGGAGGCAGCUGUGAAAAUCAGUCAUACAUCCCCAGAUAUUCCAGCAGAGGUCCAGAUGUCAAUGAAAGACCAUCUCAUGAGGCGCACAAGGAUACAGCGGCAAACAACAGAGCCUGCAUCAUCAACCAGGCACAUUUCUUUCAAAAGGCACUUACCCCGGCAGAUGCACGUUUCCAGCGUGGACUAUGGCACAGAACUACCACUCGCAGCCGAGCAGCCAACUUGCAUUGGUCGGAUCAAACCAGAGCUGUACAAACAGAAAUCUGUGGACUCUGAGGAUCCAAAGAAAGAGGCGGAAAAAACUUGUGGAAAAAUAAAUUUUGCUUUGAAAUAUGACUAUGAGAUUGAGACAUUGAUUGUGAGGAUCAUCAAGGCUUUUGACUUGCCGGCCAAGGACCUCUGUGGCAGUUCGGACCCUUAUGUCAAGAUCUACCUCUUGCCAGACAGGAAGCGCAAAUUCCAAACGCGUGUACAUAGGAAAACUCUCAAUCCCACCUUUGAUGAGUCCUUUCAGUUUCCUGUUCCAUAUGAAGAGCUGGCUGACAGGAAGCUCCACCUUAGCGUCUUUGACUUUGACAGGUUCUCCCGGCAUGACAUGAUUGGGGAAGUGAUCUUAGAGAACCUCUUUGAGGCUUCAGAUCUUUCUCGGGAAACCUCCAUCUGGAAGGAUAUUCAGUAUGCCACAACUGAAAGUGUGGACCUGGGGGAGAUCAUGUUUUCCCUUUGUUAUCUGCCAACUGCAGGUCGUCUCACUUUAACAGUCAUUAAAUGCAGGAAUCUAAAAGCAAUGGAUAUAACUGGCUACUCAGAUCCUUAUGUCAAAGUGUCUUUACUCUGUGAUGGGAGGAGGCUGAAAAAGAAGAAAACCACCAUAAAGCGAAACACACUUAAUCCCACCUAUAAUGAGGCAAUAAUCUUUGAUAUCCCUCCAGAGAACAUGGACCAAGUCAGUCUGCUUAUCUCUGUUAUGGAUUAUGACCGAGUUGGCCAUAAUGAAAUCAUUGGAGUUUGUCGUGUAGCAAACAGUGCUGAAGGGCUAGGGCGAGACCACUGGAAUGAAAUGCUGGCUUACCCACGCAAACCGAUUGCACACUGGCACCCACUAGUUGAGGAAAAGAAAUCCUAUAAGGAUUGGCAUGGCCGAGCAGCCAGCUUUGACAGCCAAGGUUCCUGCCCCUCUCCCAAACCACCUCAGACGCCAUGAUACAUCGGAAGAUGAAUACAAUGGGACUCAGCCAAUUCCUCUCAUUUGGAGUUGGUGUUUUACCAUGUGUCCAGAAUUCUAAAGCAACCUGUUGCUGAAUAGCUGAAGAACCGGACACCAGAGACUGAGAAGAGUGACAAAAGGCAGCAGAAUUGUUUUGUGGUCAUAUUUGUCUAAGUUAUUUAUGUCUCUCUCAAGGUGAUGUUCUCUGUGGUUUUUACUUUUUGGACAUAGCUGCCUAUAGGGUACGGGUUUGACAAAUGAGACAUAGGCUGGAAUUCUGGCCUGUAAAAUAACAUGUAAAAUAGCUAUGUGUACAUGUGUGAAAAAGAAUGAAUAGUAGAGAAGUAUUGGCAUUAGGCCAGUUUAAGGUGGAAAGUGAGAUUGAAAACACGAGAAGGUUUUGGUAAGACUCCUUGUGUCAUGUGAAGACCCUUUGUUAUUGUACACAGUGACACAUUACAGGUUUUCUUCUUCAUAAUGUGAUGUUCAUGGAGUCUGUGAAAUGUGCAUCCCAGCCUGCCCUAUGGUGUUUUUUAAAGAGUUGCUAAUUCCUCAGGGAAAAAAAUAACAAUUUUUCUGUACUUAUGUUCUCUUGAGAACCUUUUGCAUGAGCUCUGUUGCUUUGGGUCCUUCCCAGUCCUGCUGCAGUUCAAGAACUGGUCACAGCUUUGUGAUUUAAACAUCAGUCUCUCCCUUCCAAAACCACUUGAUUCCCACCCAUAUUCCUGCUUAAUUCUUGAAAAUUGUGAAAAUGGACGAAUUUGCAAAAUUAUUGUGCUCUUCUGCUCUAUUUUGUGAAGGAGGAUUUUUAAUAGAGCCUCUUUUUUCUUUAGUCUAUCUUCUGCCAGAAAAAUAAACUGAAAUCAUUUGCCUCAAAUCAAGUGAGAUUUGUAACAUUUGGCACAUUCAAUUUUCCCUAUAAGCUUGAAAGGGUAAAAAUAAAUUUGCAAAAACUGAAAAGACUACUCUAUAUACUCAUGUAUACAGAAAUUUUAUUUUUUAAAUCAACUCAAAAAUCCUGUGUUGACUUAUCCAUAGGGCAAUGUGAAUACUGUACCUUAACUCACAUUUUAAAAAAGGAACCAUCUACUUCUCUGAGCAGAAUAGCAAAAGGUUAGAGCAUAGUCUGUUUCCAGAGACCUAAAAGAAGAACCCACCUCCUCUACUCUACCUGUCAUUGUGCCAUUCCUGCCUUUUUUGAAUGGUUGGGUAGGGAAAUGGCAGUGGCUGCCAGAGGAGGCUGGGAUCCUGAGACAACAAUGAUGCUUUCCCCUCAAUGGGUCAUGCCAAAUAUCCAUAAUGAUAGUCCCCAAACCUGCCCUCGACUUAUAUAUGAGGUCAGAAUACAUGAGUAUAUAUGGUAUGAUGAAGUAGAGUUCUAAAAUAAUUAUUUAUGACCAGUUCAAAUAUCUUUAUUUGUCAGAUCACAAGGCUGUCACAUGGCAUUCUUCUUGGCCUAGUCUUGAGGGUGCUAACAACUGCAUGUCACAAUACUGCAGGGACUCCCAUUCUAAUGCCAUUCUGGCUUGCAUAGCUAAAAGUGCAGUUGCUUUGGAGCAUUUGCUGCUCUUCUCCUUCCCCUGUACUGGAUUAUUUUCUUAUAGUGCAGUAUCCACAUGCAGCAUCCCAUGGAUUAUACAAGACUGACAUAGCUAUCUCUGGGAACUUAAUAUGUUAGGUUUGCUUGUCUGUUUCAAUGACUCUUCCUAAAUCACCUUUUUAAACAAUUCUGUUUAUUUUCCUAGGAGGGCAAGCACUGCUACAUGUUCCCUCCACAGCCAAACAGCAUGACUGCAAGAAUCUCAUGCUGUGAAUUUUAGCAAGUGCUUUUUUCAAUGCCGUUUCUAAAAGUCAGAUUAUAUUGAAUCUAAUUCUGCUCAGGCCUGGUACAUACUUUACCUCCAAUGUCAUGGCAACUUCUAUAACAUAUCUGUUUCUAUGCCUCUCUUGGUAAUCAUUGAAAGAGAAUUGAAGUGUUGGUGUAGGUCCUAUCCAAAGUUUAGAAAAGCUAGUUUUUGCACAGCAACUUCUAGGAUCUCUAAGUCAGCCUGGUUAAUGGCCAUGCUAGCCGGGGGAUUCUGGGAGCUAUUGUCCAAAAAAAAGGAUGCUUUUCAAGCUCUUCUCCUAUCCACACCAUUUCCCUAAGAAAUAUAUGUAGCUUGCUUAGCAUUAACUUUUGGCAAAUAGCUAAUAUAGGCAGUGGAGGAGUUGAAGGAUCUAGUGCAGAUGUUGCCUUAUAAUUCAAUACGUGGAAUCAAUUUUUUUAAAAAGAUAAAAUAUACCAAUACAGUUGAUCCUAAAUAAAAAUGUUCGCUCACAGGACUUUCAUUAACAUUCAUCCUGGCAUUAAUACUGAAUUUUAAACAUGAACAUCUAAAAUAGCUAAACCCAUUUAAUGAGAUCACAAUCCUAGGUCCAGUUCUGCAAAAGAAAAAG